AUUUUUAUUCUUGUUCAAAUAGCGAAUGAAAAAUCAAACAUUAAUUGCCAAUUGGUUGUUGCCAUUGGUGUUGGAUUGAAUUAAAGAUUUGAUCGCAUUUAUCUAUUCAGUGAUUCAAACUGGUUACAUUGUAUAUUUCAAUCAUUAUUACAGUUGAAUCCACAGAAGGAAAUACCUGUUCUGGUCGACGGCGAUCUCGUAAUGGGUGAAAGUAAUGCCAUUUUGCAAUAUAUUGGCGAUAAAUAUGAUAAGGCCGGGAAACUUUACCCAAAAGAUCCAAAAGCCAGGGCGAUUGUUAAUCACCGCCUGUGUUUCAAUUUAGCCAUGUAUUAUCGCACGAUCAUGGAAUAUGCAGUAAGUAAAUAAUUACUAUUCAAGCCU